AUGGUGUUCGAUGACGUCGUCAAAAUCAACGACCGAGAAAGCGCCAAGAGGUUCUGGAUUGCAUAUCGGGCCGGAAAGCGGCCGGAAGCGGCUCCCCCGAAUUUGGAUGACUUAGUGAAUGGAAAACAAGUACUCAUCAUGGCCCACUCAUAA